UACUACGUGAUAAGAUUGAGUAUAAUAACCGACUGAAGAUAUUACGUGGAGUAUAACUAUCAUACUGUGUAUCUGCACUUGGAAACAAAAAACAAACUUAUCUGUAAGUCGGGAUUGUUCUUGUAUUUAGUUUAUCAAAGAACAAACCAGUCGUGCACGUGUUUUACAUUGAAUUAUGCAGUCUGUAACUCAUUGAAGUUGAACAGAGAUAAGACAAACGAAUACACAAAAUACGAUAAGUUUUUGGAAGAGAACAACGUCCAAUAGGAUUACGGCAGCUUACGUCAUAUGAUACCCCACGUGCUGAACUAUAAAGUAACCAAAACCUUCGUGUUUAGUUUGUCAUUAUCUUAGAGAGUUCAAAAUGUUUACGGUACGAUCUAUAUCGGCUAUCACUAGAACUAUUAGUUCUUCGUUGUCGGGAGCUUUAAGAACUCCGCUAUAUAGGUGCCUAGCAACCAAUGGGGAAAAGUUUAAAAUAAGCUACAACUAUGGUCACGGAGACAGUGUUCUUAUCGGAUCCACUAUUGGUCAAGCUCUAAACAAAGUAUCUGACGAAGUUGGCGACCAAUUAGCUUUUGUUUUCUGUCAUCAGAAUAUCCGUCGCACCUUUUUGGAAACUAAUCAAGAAAGUGAUCAGCUAGCAGCAAGUCUCUUAGAGCUUGGACUGAGACCUGGAGAACGUCUGGCAAUCUGGAGCUCCAACUGUUAUGAGUGGGUUCUAACUCAGCUGGCUGCAGCUAAAGCAGGACUAAUACUAGUAAGGACACUUCGGAGGAACGAGAAAUUGCGAGAAGUGAAGGAGCUGGACUCCAAGAUACAGUUCGACGAUCCGGCUAAUAUUCAAUUUACAUCGGGAACCACGGGUAAACCCAAGGCAGCAACACUUUCUCAUUUUAAUCUCAUCAACAAUGCGGUUGUCCUUAGCAACCGAAUUAUAAUACCAGGAGUGGUAAGUAUUGUUGUAAACUACACCUUCAUAACCGUGCUCUCAUACCUAGUGUGGCAUGCAUUCGGUUCUGUCGGUGGUGUUAUUACAACAAUUAUUCACCGGAAACUGGCGGUGUUUCCUUCGCCUCAUUUUGACCCUCUGGCGACGUUGAAAGCUAUCGAAAAAGAAAGAUGCACUCUUGUUAUGGGAACGCCCACCAUGUUUAUUGACAUUGUUAAUCACCCGGAUGUUGAUAAGUUUGAUCUAACCAGUCUCCAAGGCGCACUUGUUGGGGCAUCUCCAUGUCCGGUAGAGCUGUGGAAAGAGAUAGAGCAGAAAAUGGGCAUAACAACUAUCUUUGUAAGUUUUUAAACAAUUUCGACCAUC